AUGGCGGCCAGCGAGGUGGAUGUUUUCGCAAAUGAAGAAAAGCGAAACCUGGAGCUCGGUGGCCAUGUGGGGUUCGACAGUCUUCCAGAUCAGCUGGUCAGCAAAUCGGUUGCUCAGGGAUUCUGCUUCAACAUCCUCUGUGUCGGUGAGACGGGGAUAGGCAAGUCAACGCUGAUGAACACUCUUUUCAACACAACGUUUGAAAAUGAGGAAGCCAGCCACUACGAGCAUGAGGUCCAGCUACGUCCUCAAACGUACGAUCUGCAGGAGAGCAACGUCAACCUCAAGCUGACCAUUGUGCACACCGUAGGGUUUGGAGACCAGAUCAACAAAGAAGAAAGCUAUAAACCCAUUCUGGAUUAUAUCGAUGCCCAAUUUGAGAAUUAUCUUGAAGAGGAGCUAAAAAUAAAGCGCUCACUGUUCAACUACCACGACACACGAAUCCACAUCUGCCUGUAUUUCAUCGCUCCCACCGGGCAUUCGCUGAAGUCCCUCGAUCUCGUCACGAUGAAGAAACUGGACAGCAAGGUGAACAUCAUCCCAGUUAUUGCCAAGGCGGACACCGUAUCCAGGAGUGAGCUGGACAAGUUAAAGAUCAAGGUGAUGAGUGAGCUGGUCAGCAACGGAGUGCAGAUAUAUCAGUUUCCUACAGAGGAUGAAGCUGUUGCGGAGAUCAACUCCUCCAUGAACACUCAUCUUCCCUUUGCUGUGGUUGGAAGCAUAGAAGACGUUAAAGUUGGAAAUAAGAUGGUGAAAGCAAGGCUGUACCCCUGGGGAUCCGUGCAGGUGGAGAAUGAAAACCAUUGUGAUUUUGUGAAGCUGAGGGAAAUGCUGCUGCGUGUGAACAUGGAGGAUCUCCGCGAGCAAACACACGCUCGACACUAUGAGCUGUACCGUCGCUGCAAGCUGGAAGAGAUGGGCUUCAAGGACACAGGCCCUGACAGCCAGUCGUUCAGCCUUCAGGAGACAUACGAAGCCAAGAGGAAGGAGUUUCUUGUGGAGCUGCAGCGAAAAGAGGAAGAAAUGAGACAGAUGUUUGUCAACAAAGUCAAGGAGACAGAAGCAGAGCUGAAAGAGAAGGAAAAAGAGCUUCACGAGAGGUUUGAGCAGCUCAAGCGGAUGCACCAGGAAGAAAAGAAGAACCUGGAGGAGAAAAGACGAGAACUGGAGGAGGAGAUGAACGCCUUCAACAGAAGAAAGGUUGCAGCUGAGACACUGAUGGGACAGGCGCUUCAAGGCUGCUCACAGCCCUUCAAGAAGGACAAGGACAAGAAGAACUUCUUUAGUCUUCCAUCUGCGUGCUCCUUAACCUCAGGAAGGAAUUUGAAUUAGAAGACUUUCUACCACAUCAAAAGAUCACAGACUAACAAGUUUAUUAUUUUUUACAAUGUUAAAUACAAAUUUUAUAGAAAUGAAACAUCCUUGGAAGUGGGUCAGCCUGAAGUCUUCCAUGUCUACUAAACUUUGUCCUUUAUUAAGCUUCUAAACAGCGCUCUGUAGCAUGGUCUCUGCAUGGCUCCCAAACCUCAUUCCUACAAGUAUUAAAAGCUCUCCAUUGCCAAAAUAUCCGUUUUUGUACUAAUUGUGCUAUUUUCUUUCAUCUGUCAUAUUCUGCUUGUUAUUUCUGACUGAUGACAAUUUUCACUGUGAAAAAUAUAACUGACAUGAUGUUGCUGUUUAAGGUUGUAUUGAUUGUGAAUCAUAUUAUGAUUUAGAAGCACUUUAACUUUAUCAUAGUACAAAUAUUAUAUUUAAUCAUAUCUAUAAUCAUAAAGGGUACCCUGUCAUACUAACAUGCCAGCCCUUAUGUUGUGUCAAAAAUAUAUAGAUAGAAGUAUUUCAUAGAUCAACUGCAAAAACUAUAUAUUCUGUUGUUACACGAAAAACUCUGGAUGUGUACGAAUUCAGGAUUAAAUCGCUUAAUGUCAU